AUGACAGCUCCGUCAACCUCUCCCACUUUGCAGGUAGGCUUGAACAUGGCUGCACCUCACACUCACACGUCCUUUUGCUCCUCCCCCUCUCCUACCUGCCCCCUCUGCCCAUUCUCCCAUCAAAACGCAGAGAAGGCUCUCACAGUUCCCCCGCCCAAAAGCUUCUCUGGUUAUGAUGCCAGGAAGAACGCCAAUCCCUCCUGUCAAGUCUCGUCCUCUCUUCCUUGCAGAGAAGGCCCUCACGCUCCUCCUGGCCACCAACUUCACAGCGUGCCAGCUCUGCUGCGCUGCGUGGUCACUUCCCUUGCAACAGCCUCAUGCUGUGAGAUAUGCUGUAUCACCCUGUCUGUCCCUCUCCCCGCCCUCACAGAGAAGGCCCUCACACUCCUUCUGGCCAACAACUUCACGGCGCCAGCCCUGCUGCGCCCCAUGGUCACUCGCUUCAUGCUCCCUCGUGAGGAGCUGGUUCUAGAAAAGAUGAGAAUGAAGGGAGGCGAAGCGGUGCACGCGCGGUUGCUGCAGGCAAUGAUAGAGUUCGCCGUCACGCCCGUGCUCUCCCCUCGCAUCCACAUGUCUCGCCAACUGUACGUUGCCCUCGCAUUAAUGACUUUUAAGGCGCCUCAAAAUCACGCCCGUGCUCUCCCUCGCAUCCACAUGCCUCGCCAACUUGCUCUUCUGGCGUUUUUACUCACCCAUGCUCUCCUUUUAACCUUGCUCUCCCUGCACCCUUGCUCUCCCUGCACCCUUGCUCUCCCUGUACCCUUGCUCUCCCUGCACCCUUGCUCUCCCUGCACCCUUGCUCUCCCUGCACCCUUGCUCUCCCUGCACCCUUGCUCUCCCUGCACCCUUGCUCUCCCUGCACCCUUGCUCUCCAUGUACCCUUGCUCUCCCUGUACUCUUGCUCUCCCUGCACCCUUGCUCUCCCUGCACCCUUGCUCUACCUGUACCCUUGCUCUCCCUGUACCCUUGCUCUCCCUGCACCCUUGCUCUCCCUGUACCCUUGCUCUCCCUGCACCCUUGCUCUCCCUGCACCCUUGCUCUCCCUGCACCCUUGUUCUCCCUGUAUCCUUGCUCUCUCUCCACGACCACAGAACACUGGGAGAUGCCCCCAUGGCAUUCGGGCUGGUGGAAUUCGAAUCCGCAUGGAACGCCGCCACCGAAGCCCGCCCUCUCUGCUUCGAAAGGCUCCUCCUCCCGGGGGUUCUCAAGGGGCAGGCAUUCCCGUCCCACCCCACCCAGGGGACCUUCCUGGACCGGCACCUGCGGGCGAAGCUAGGGUUGGAUCCGCCUGGAAAAGUGGAGUGGGGAAGGGAUGGGGUGCGGGGGUGGCGGCCUCGAGUGUUGUAUAUCACACGGCUGGGAGCGGAGUUGAAGCUUCGUCGCACCUUCCUGCCGGAGAGUCAUGAGGCGCUGCUGAAGCUGAUGGAGGAGCUUGGGUUGCAGGUGAGCUCCUGGUUGGCGUCUUGGUGA